AUAUUUUAUUGGUAUCUCGCAUCCCUACCUAGCGGUGUGUACAGUAGUUUUAUUUUUAAUUUUAAUAAACAAUUGAUUGCACUCGUUUCUGCUAUACGAUAAUAUUGGACAUUGAACAAAAGGCAAGACCGCAAAAAAAUCCGAAAACGCUCUAAACUUCAGCCAUAUCAGCCAAUUCCAAGAAAAAAAUUGAAGAAAGUCACAUUCGCUUUAAUAUUUUGAGCACAGCCUGAACACCUCGAAAUGGGUUUUAGAGCCAGUAAAAGGCGUUUUAUAGGUAAACCACUUAGAAUUGUUUUGAGGAGUCUUAAGGAUAAUGGGGUUGGCCAUUUGAUAAUAAGAGGUUCAGAGAAGCAGGUCGAAGGCGAACCGACUUACUACCGCAUUUUGGAAGCCGAUUUGACACCAAUAAUAACAAAAAAGAAAAAGGUUACUAUUUCAGUGAAAGCACAAAAAGUUUUUCGUGGUGUAAUUCUACCUGAGUCUAAGGAUUUGCGUUAUAUAUCAUAUUAUCCAGAUUUUACGGUAGUAAGAAAAGAGGACGAACAUAAAUACUUGGAUAAUACUGCGAGCGCAGCUGAAAAAAAUUUGAUCCUUUCCAAUUCUCAGCAUUGGGAAAGUGAAGAAGAGGACAUGGAAGAGGAUGAUGAAGAUGAAAGCCGCUCUAAAGAUGCAGAAAAACUUAAUUCUAAAGAAGUUAGUCACAAAAGAAAUGUUGACAAAGAAAAAAGAAUAAGCAGGGAUUAUUCGCAAAGUAAGAGACGGCAAAGAAAUUAUGUGAGAUCUCAAUCAGAUCGGGCCAAAAUAAGAAAGAAUUGCAAGGAAGAAAAGUUUGGUAAUUUUAAGGACGAUCAAAUGCAAAGAAUUAAUAAUAUGAUAGAAAAGGGCAUGAAUGCUGACACGGCCAAACAAAUAGAAUGGGAGAGGGAGUUGGCUAUCAGAACAAAGAGGUAAGGUCCUGAUAAAUGGCCCCAGUCUGUCGACCAAUAAAUCGACGAGUAUUAUGUUCAUAAAUACAUACGUAUAUUGCGCCAUGGUUUGCAUCAUGUUUCAACGCAGAAACUUUUCUUUAAUUUAAAUGUUAUUUUCAAUUGUGUAUAUCGGAGCUCUUUAGAAUAAGCAGUACCUAUAAUUGUAAUAUCUAUAACCAUUUAUAUUAAAUAAUGGGUUCCGUAUGAAAGUUCGCAAAGCUCGAAAUUA